CGAAAGGAGGUUAGCACAGCCAUGUGCUAAGGGACGGUCCUUCAAAACCCGAAAGGAGGAUAAGCCCACACACACACCAUCAUGAAGUUCCGUCUCGGAAGUCCGCUACUUCUGGCGGUGUUCCUUAUCAUAGUGCUAGUUGCGGAUCAGAUACGUUGCGAUGAUGAACCGGCAACGGAGUCGGUCAAACCGGUGAAACGAAAGUCCAAAAAGAGUAAAGCAAAAAAGCUAGCUACGAAAAACCUUAAAAAAGUGCGCCCCGAUCGUCCACAGGCUGAUCGACCGCAGGCACAAGCACCAGAAUACGACUCGGCGUACGACUAUGGGGAUAACUACGACUACGGUACUGAUCCCGAUUAUGACGGUGAGAGUGCGAGUGCUCGCAGUCCAGACGCUAGCUUCCGGCAGCCAGAUGACGAAAUCCCACGCGUUUCGACGACAACGACCACCACCACUACCCGUGCACCCGAACCAGAAUCGAUCGUACAACCGUUCACGUGCUAUCACGAAGGCAAGUGGUAUCGGGAAGGGGAAGUGUUCCAAUCUGGCUAUCAGGGUUGUGCCACGUGCCGCUGUCGCAAUGGGUCGAUACAGUGCGACGAAGCCGACUGUCCACGAAACAUUCCGACCACAACAACCACAACCACUACGACGACCACCACCACAGAAAAGCCAGAGUUUGAUGCAUCGGCCGUGGGCAAUCGUCUACCGGCAGCUCCAUCCGGCGAGCCAGGAAUCCCGGGAGAAGCAGGCCAACCAGGUAUUCCUGGCACUCCCGGUAUACCUGGACCACCGGGUCCUCCCGGUCCAGCACCCGAUCUAACGUUCUACACGCAACAGCUGCAAGAAACGAUGGGAGGAGCGGAUAAAGGUCCCGGUCCAGAGAACUUCCAGUUCAUGCAAGCCCAGGUCGGUCCGGUUGGUCCACGUGGUCCGCCCGGUCCAACCGGUGCUACGGGACCGCAAGGAUUCCAAGGAUCGCGCGGUGAACCGGGGGAAACGGGUCCGCCAGGUGUUGGUGGACCGCCAGGACCACGUGGACUUCCGGGCCCACCCGGCAAGGAUGGGACCGCCGGAGAUGAUGGUGAAGUUGGACCACAGGGCCCUGUGGGUCUACCUGGUCCACGAGGAUUACCGGGAAUGCCCGGAGUGCCUGGCCUGAAAGGGCACCAGGGUCUGCCAGGGCCGGAAGGUAUGAAAGGUGAAACAGGAGCGGUCGGUGAAAAGGGAUCCGUGGGAGCUACUGGACCAGCAGGAGUUCCAGGAGCAGUUGGACCUGCGGGACCUCGCGGAGAACGAGGACGUGAAGGUCCGCCUGGACCGCCUGGAUUGAGAGGCAUUGAUGGAAUUGCUGGACCUCCUGGACCACCGGGUCCCGUUGGUAAACAAGGCCCACCUGGUUUUCCCGGAAGCAAUGGAGCGAAGGGAGACAUGGGAGGGGCCGGUCCGAAGGGUAGCCAAGGUCCGCAAGGUCCCCGAGGUGAAUCAGGUCGCCCAGGACAGCCGGGAGAACCAGGUCUCAAUGGUCCACCCGGUAAGGAUGGAGUCUCUGGAGAGAAAGGAAGUCCUGGAUCGCCUGGAAUUGCGGGUCCACCCGGGUUUCCCGGCCCUCGAGGUGCACCGGGUGCCAACGGAAGCCCUGGAGAUGCUGGAUCCAAAGGUGAACCGGGCCUACCGGGUGAGCGAGGUUACAAAGGAGAAGCAGGUAUUAAGGGUGAAGCUGGCAUUCCCGGACCUCGAGGUCUACCGGGAGCAGUCGGACCAGAAGGAAAGCGAGGCAAACGGGGCAUGAAGGGACCGACUGGUCUUCCUGGACCACAGGGAGAACGCGGAUUACCUGGAUCUCCAGGACUGCCUGGUCCUGAUGGGGCACAAGGUGUUAAGGGACAAUCUGGAGAUCGAGGUGCGAUGGGACUUCAAGGUCCGAAGGGUUCGAGCGGCGAUCCGGGACCACCGGGAGCACCAGGUAUUCAAGGUUUGCGAGGACAACCGGGACGACCGGGUGCGCAGGGCAAGGCUGGUACACCUGGAGAGCGUGGAUUGCCCGGCGCCGAUGGUAAAGUAGGUGAGUCAGGACCGCAAGGAUUACAAGGAUUACCCGGGCCUAUGGGAUUGCCUGGUGACAAGGGAUUCACGGGCGAGCCAGGAAAGGACGGUGAUAUUGGACCGCCUGGACCAGUUGGUCCACGAGGUGAUGCCGGUAAGGAUGGACCUCCAGGAAUUUCUGGACCGCCGGGACCACCUGGAAACGACGGCGAUAGAGGACCGCCGGGAACGCCCGGUCCUAGAGGAUUCCAAGGCUUACCUGGAACACCGGGCAACCCGGGAGCGCAAGGAAAAGAUGGGCAAAACGGACCACCCGGACCUACUGGACCUGCUGGGCAGCCAGGAAUCCGCGGUGAAAGAGGCUUCCCUGGAGAAAGAGGACCGGUUGGAACGCCGGGAACGCCGGGUCUGCGGGGAGAACCAGGAGCACAAGGAAACGAUGGACCACCGGGAUCUCCGGGACCUAACGGUAUGAAAGGACAUCAAGGAGCACCUGGUAUGGUUGGUCUUCCUGGAUUGCGUGGACCAUCAGGACCGGCAGGCGAUAAAGGAGAGCGUGGAAGCUCCGGUCCACCUGGACCAGAGGGACCAGCUGGACGCGUUGGAGAACGGGGUCUUCAGGGACCGUUGGGUCCUCCAGGACCUCCGGGAGAACCGGCUGAAAAGGGUGAACCAGGAACUCCAGGAAUUCCUGGUGAACCAGGAGCACCUGGAGCGGUUGGCGAACGAGGUGCUGUUGGACCGCAAGGUCUGCAAGGAUUCCCUGGACCACAGGGUUCCGUUGGAACUCCAGGAGCGAAGGGUGAUCGCGGAAACAUGGGCCUGAAAGGCGAACAAGGUAACUCUGGACUGCCAGGAGUACCAGGUGAGCCGGGGCCACAAGGUUUGAUCGGCUUAACUGGAUCAAAGGGAGCACGCGGUGAGCCUGGAUUGCGUGGAGAAACGGGACCGAUGGGAACACCGGGACGCCCUGGAGAUCAAGGUCCAAUUGGCCAAACAGGCAAUCCAGGUGCACCGGGAACACCGGGCAGCCCAGGUCUGAAAGGAAAUCCGGGAGAUACUGGUCGUCCAGGGAACCCUGGACCUCCUGGUAUGCCUGGACAGCAGGGUGCGGAAGGAAUUAAGGGUGAAGCAGGCAGCGAUGGACCUCCGGGAGCACCUGGCAAUCAAGGUCCGCAAGGUGUACCAGGCGAUCGAGGACUUCCCGGUCUUCCUGGUCCGAGCGGAGCACAGGGAUUGCGAGGCAUGCGUGGUGCUGCCGGUGAACCAGGUACGCCCGGCAAACCAGGCAACGACGGUCCACCGGGUACACCGGGACCACUCGGACCACCAGGACCUCCCGGACCGACGGGUGAUACAGGACCGGAAGGCGCGCCUGGUAAGCAAGGCCCGCCCGGUAUCGCAGGACGCACGGGUGACAAGGGACCGAUUGGAAAUCCUGGCACACAGGGCACACCUGGUGCACCAGGACUACCAGGACCGCCGGGACCACAGGGGCCUCUCGGCCAGACAGGUGAACGAGGUUUGCGAGGUGAAACCGGCCCUCAAGGUGUCGAUGGUCCCCCAGGACCACGUGGCAAACCAGGUCCUCCCGGUUUGGAAGGCCCGAAAGGAGAGAACGGAGAACCAGGUCUCAAAGGUACCAAGGGUCAUCGUGGACUUAUCGGUCUGCAAGGUUUGCCCGGUCCGGCAGGCCCUCCAGGCGACAAGGGUAACGCAGGCAAUGAAGGUCCCGCCGGUAAGCCUGGCGAGGCCGGUCCUCGUGGUCCGCCUGGACGAGAUGGAAAUCCGGGUCCUCAAGGAAUGCUCGGUACGGCUGGUCCACGUGGUCCACCUGGAAACGAUGGUAAAAAUGGACAACCCGGCCAGCCUGGCCCUCCGGGUCCUCCAGGACCGCCGGGCGAUGGAGUUGGAUACGAUGCUGCUGCACUCGCUGCUCUUCUCGGCCAUGGUCAAAUGAGCAACACGAAGGGUCCCGAUCCGAACAUGGGCGACGAGCCGAUGAAUCUGGGCCGAGUGUUCGAGCUGACCGACGAAGAACGCCAGAAGCUUGUUGAGAAUGCGUACGAAAAGCUCAAGUCCGCCUUUGCUACCUUCAAAAAUCCGGACGGUAAACAGACAUCACCAGCAAAGACCUGCCGAGAUCUGUUCGCUGCACAUCCCGAGUUUACUUCCGGCCAUUACUGGAUUGAUCCGAAUGAAGGUGAUGCACGAGACUCGAUACUUGUGUACUGUGACGCAGACAAGAGGGCUUCUUGCAUACUUCCGCAGCCUCUGCGUACCAAGGAGCUUUCGUACGAUGGUGACGAACAGGAAGUUUGGCUGGGCGAGCUUAAGGACGGUAUGAAGAUCAGCUACAAAUCGGACAGUAAUCAGAUCGGAUUCCUUCAGCUACUCUCAGCAAGUGCCUCACAGAACAUUACGUACCACUGUCGUAAUAGUGUGGCCUACUACAAUAAGGACAAGAAUAGUUAUCGACAGAGUCUGAAAUUCCUCGCCUGGAACGAUGCAGAACUAACGGCCCGAGGCCCACAGCGACUACGGUACGAAGCGCUUCAAGACGACUGCCAACAUCGAACGGCGCACUACAGCCAAUCGGUGCUGAGCUACAGUACCGACAAACCAAUGCGGCUACCGAUUAUCGACAUUGCGAUUCGGGACGUGGGUGAGCAACAUCAACAGUUCUGGAUCGAGGUCGGAGCCGUGUGCUUCCAGUAG